AUGCCGCCGCCGAGGACGGAGUUGACGAACGCGACGCUGAAUGCCACGACAACAGCAGCCGACGGCCUGACAGCCGUGUCUACCAGCGAGAACAAGGAGCAUCAAACGGGUGGACUGCCGACGGCGGUCAGUACACCGGGUGACGCCGCUGAAAGCACGGCAGCCACCACCGAAGCGUCUGGGAACCACUCGGCAGUGCGACGCAGCACAGAUGAGGAUGGUGUUCCAUCGACCACCAGCCUGUACAUUGAGGUCAUGACCGAGUACUUGACGGCGGUGGCCACCGAGGCCGGACUGGGACCGCGCGAGUUUGUGCAUUUUGACGUGUGGACAGACAAUUACUUGCCGCUGGACGAGACGCUGGAGGCGGGGGAUUCGAUUGUGGUACGCAUUUUGUUUGGCUCGGUGGAGGACUACGCGGCGUUUAUGCGGGUGGUGGUGAAGGACAACGUGACACGGGCGGAGGGACUGCCCAUGUUGGCACGGUGUCCGUAUCCGUCCUCCUUUAUGGUGCUUGAGAGCUCUGAAGAUGCGGGGACUGCAGGUCCCAAUGCGACGGAAUGGACGACGGGCUCGCCGCUGGAGGAUGGCACCAAUGAUGGCACCAAUCAGACGACCAUGGCACCGACGAGCACGACGUGGCAGGCGCUUUCGACGACCGAGGUGGUCUGCGGGGUGCGGCGUGAGUGCAAUGUGAGUACGGGCGAGGAGUACGUGGUGACGGACGGAAGUCCCUUGGUGGAUCGCCAGUGUGCGCCGGUGACGGUGUGUGGUGGCGGCGAGGUGGAGGUGUCGGCACCUAGCCGAUAUGCUGACCGUGUGUGUGUGGCCACGACGCCCGAGCCGACGGUUGGACCAGCGGACGUGGGUCGUAGCGGGACGAGCGCACAAGGGGGGGCGCUCACGAUUGCCGGGGUGGCAGCGGCGCUGCUUAUUCUGGUGGCGCUGGUUGUUUUGAUUGUGGUGAUGCGGCGUCAGAGACGCUCUGAGGGCCCGGGCGGGCUCAAGGCCGAGCACGCGACGCGUCUGCAGUCGUUUGAGAACCCCAUGUAUGAGCAGCGAGAGGUGGUCAAUCCCAUCUUUGAUGCGCCGGAGGACCUGUAUGCCGAUGUGUUUGAUUUGCCGGGGGCUUUGGCGCACGAUGAUGCGCAGGGGCACUACUUUGAUCUGGAUGCAUAUGCCGGCCGGCCGACGCUACACAAUCCGCUCUAUGAGGCUGGGCCGGAGGAUGCAGAUGGGGGGGAUGAAUCGGGCUACCUGAUGGUCAACGAUGAGCCGGAACAUGGCUUUGCCGCUGAAGACGGGGAGAGUGAGCCCGACUAUGACGAGCCGACAACGGUACAAUCCCGGCUCGCCCGGUUUGAGAAGCCCGGACACGGGGCGGCAUCGGAUGGCGAGUACCUGAGCGUGAGCAACGUGGCUCGGGCUCCAGGAGCCUGGGAUGCGCCUGCGGCCCCAUCUGGGGUUGUGCGCGGUGAUUCCGAGUACCUGGAUGUGACGGGAAGCGUUGGGGACGAUUUUGAGGAGGAUGCCUGGUCGCUGGGGAGCGGCGGGGAGCGACAGGGCGAUGACUAUAUGCAAGUUGAUGCCGAGCCGUCAGCGGACCUUGUGGCGCAUGAGCAAUUGAUGUCCCAGCUGUAUGGGGCCUCGGACGUUGCCGGAGAGGCGGACACGCACUAUGCAGAAGUUGCCGCCGUUAACGACGACACCUACGAGACGAUGGAGAAUAUUUUUGGCCCCGGCGCGCGUUGAGCGUGCCCCGGCUUGAGUGUCGCUGCUGCCUCCGAACAAUUCAAGAGGUCCCGCGACGUGGGGCUGUGCGUUUGUGUUCUUUGCAUGUGUAUGUGCUUCUAAGAAUCCCGUUCCUUGCCCAGCCGUUGCCCUUUGCUUCUAUCGGUGCACAAGCCAUCAUUGUAUCUGUCACGAUCGUCGAUGGUACCUCCCCCGCUUU